UGUCAUGUCCCGAGUUCUAAGUAAGGCAUCCGGAUAGGCCAUGGUGCGGGGAGAUGGGCUGGCCAGGUUGAAAAGACCUAAAGGCAAGCGUAUCAUGGUCUGAUCUAAGGGUUAAGUGCAUCAGGAAGCUGAGACUUGACCAGAAUAAGAAGGGAAGAAGGAAAAGGUAGCUGGACGAGUAAUCCGGAAGCUGGACAUGGUCCGGAAGGAGUUCCAUCAGCUCGGUGAAGCUGGUGAGGAGCUCAAACAGUCUUGGGCAGCUCACAGGAGCUGGAGAGGAAGCUCACUCAGCUCAGGCAACUGUCACUCAGCUCAACUCAGCUGGACGGAGUGAUGGAGCCUUGGCCGGUAAAUGCGGACCGUGAAUGAUGGUCACGGACCGGAUGCUGAGCAAGGAUGACCGAUGGGUCUAGCUUGCAUGGGCAAGUGAGCUGAGCUUGUGGGCAACUAGCUGAGCUUAAGAUCGAUGAGAAGGAAGGAAGGAAGGGGCGGUUACAUGCGGUUGGACGGUUUGGGACGGUUUUGGGGCGAAAAGGUGUCCGUUGGCCAUUUGGCCAAUCACAGCGUCCGGACGGUUCCAAUCUUCUUCCCUAUAAAUAAACCCCUCCAUUAUCGACAUUUCUCAUCAGAAAGACAAGGGGAAACUCUGCCCAAAUCUCUACAGAAUCAAAGAGAGAAAAGAGAAACAAGACCGCAAAGGCAGUCCGUGUGGUACCAAGGGGAUUCCGGUGAGUUCUAAGCCGUGGGCAAGUGAACCGUGAUCGAGAAUGGAUACCAGAGGAAAGGAGAAGGCAACCGAGAAGAGUGUGGGGGCUUCCGAACACACGCCUAAGGUCCUGACAGGGAUCGUGGUAAGGCUAAGGAGCCAUGAAGACCUUGGCCGUGUGGGAUGUGUGAUGUAGUCUUAUUGUAAACAUUUGGAUUUAACAUAGCCUAUUGUGCAACUUGUGUGGAUUGAAUACUUUGUAUGGAUCUCAUUUGACUUAUCUAUAUAAGUAAUGUUUGCCUUAAGCUUCCGCAUUGAUUUUAUACUUGCAUGAACCUCAAAUGAUUGAAAAAUGACUAAGUAAAGAUUGGACCAUAACCGGCUGAAUUACACUUAGAUGUUUAGGUAAGGCCGCGGACUGGUUGGAUCAUGGGAUCCAGGUUUGGGUCUUACAAGUUGGUAUCAGAGCAUGCUUGAUUCUAGGCUGUGGUUAGGGCAGGUCAUCACACAUCCGGCUGGGUCUCAUGGCAGGUUUUGGGUUCUGGUUAACAUAAUAUUGCUUGAGGUUUGCAAAUAAAAAUGUUAAUCUAACCUUUUGCCUUGUGUUUGUCUUUGAUGUCCUAAGGGAACUAAGAAGAGGUCUCGGAAGACUAAGGAUGGGACAGGGGCGUCCGCAGCUGGAGAUGCCUCAGCGCCUAAUCCAUCAGUGUUGCUGUCAGUUCCACCUACUGGUCAGACCAGUGAGGCCAUCCUGACUGAAACUCAAGUGAACCAGACUGAGGUUCAGCUGGGUGGAGAGAAUAGGCAGUUGGACGAGACCGGGCAACCACUAAAUGCGCCUGGAAACCAGCUAGGAGCAGGAAGUGGGCAGCAAGAGAAUGAUCAGGAAGGUGAAGCUGAGUCCUCAGAGACUGGUAACCGGGCUAAUCCAAACAUCCAAGGAGAUGGGAGGAUUGGACCGGAGGAACCAAUGGCUGAACCAACCAUGAAGCAGAUACUUGAUGCAAUCAAGUUAAUGGGAAGUCAGAUGCUGGCUAUGACCCAAGUGUUCACACCAGUUGUGAAUUCAUCUAUGGGUCAAACUACUCAAGCGCCAAUGGUAGCUCCUGGUGUUGGUGUGACUGGUGGAUAUGUGGCGCCUCUUGCUGAGGUUAUUGAGUUAGAUCCACCAGUUGGAACAACCAAGAAGGUUGAUUAUCUGAAGGUGCUUGAGCAUAUCACCCGUUUGGGAACCAAACACUUUGCUGGAAGUGCUGAUCCCAUGGAGGCAGAUGAGUGGAGGGACCGACUGGCUAGGAACUUCAGGUCUACAAGGUGCCCUGAGGAGUACCAAAGAGACAUAGCAGUGCACUUCCUGGAGGGAGAUGCACACAACUGGUGGCUGUCCUUAGACAAGCGCACCAAUGGUUCCAUUGUGAAGUUCUCUGACUUUGAGGUUGAGUUCAACCACAAGUACUUUCCAGCAGAAGCAUGGGACCGUUUGGAAGCUAAGUUCUUGGACUUGGUCCAGGGCAAACGGUCAGUAAGGGAGUACGAGGAAGAGUUCAACCGGCUCAGGAGAUAUGUGGGUAAGGAACUUGAGGAUGAAAAGGUUCAGGUCCGCAGGUUCAUAAGGGGCUUGAGACCUGAGCUUAAGACUUAUUGCUCAGUCCGUACCUUCAACACAGUCUCUGAGUUGGUGGAAAGGAUGGCAAUGCUGGAAACCAAUCUAGCUGAGGAGAACAAGCACAAGCUCAAGAGUGUGGUGGUGUCUUCCGGUCAGAGUGGUGACAAGAAGAGAAAGAGGGAUGCGGCUGAAGGGGGUAAAACCUCAAGUGGUAGGCCAGAGUGUCCCAAGUGUGGCAAACAUCAUGGAGGAGAGUGCUGGAAGGCAAUGGGAGCAUGUACCCGUUGUGGCAAGAUGGAUCACUCAGCUCGGGAUUGUCCUGGUCCGGAUAGGAACCGUGGGCAAGGCUCGACCAGUGAGGCCAGAACUUGUCACCAAUGUGGUAAGAAAGGCCAUUUCCGUGUGGAUUGUCCCCAGUUGCAGAUUGGACAAGGCAAGGGCCGUACGGAGAGCAACCGGCCAGACAACAAACAAGGCCAAACUUCAGCACCUCGU